CCAAGGCGCCUGGAGACUGGUCGUGUACUUGCGGAGAGGCAACGGCCACUCGGUCGUUUGAAAAAGCUCAUGGAGCCCGCGAAUACACUACGGAGACCUUGAGGAGGGAGCCAGGAAAGGGUGACGGCAAAUUCUCAGAGCUGCAGAGUUCUAUGGCUGAGAGUAGGCUCCGGGCUCCUAUCGUAGGGGCUCAACUGGAAGUUUCCAGUUGUCUGGAAAAAUGCCGGAUGAGCUCUGCAGAUGCUGGGAGGCAGCCCUUCUCUGGAAAGUCCUUUUAUCUGGAUCUGCCUGCUGGCAAGAGUCUCCAGUUUUUGACGGGGGCCAUCCAGCAGCUGGGUGGGGUAAUUGAGGGUUUUCUGAGCAAAGAAGUAAGUUACAUCGUGUCCAGCCGCAGGGAAGUGAAGGCAGAGAGCAGUGCGACAGACCACAGAGGCUGCCCCAGUCCCAGCGAGGUCAGGGUGCAGACGCCGUCCACGGCCCAUCCGAAGUGCGGCCACCCCCGGCCUCCACAGAAACCCACAGACUCGGUGCCUUUGAGCAGAGGGAAGGAGCUACUGCAGAAAGCCAUCAGAAACCAGGGGAGCAGCAGCGGAGGAGGUGGCGGGAGCAGCAACAGUCUCCUGACCAGUGCCCGCUCCUGGGGAGUGAGGAUCCUGCAUGUGGACGAAAUGAUGAUGCACGUGCAACAGCUGUCUCUUGACGCCUUGCGUGUGAAGAAACAGGGGCCAAAGAAGAAGCCAGAGGGAACGCGUCCAGCAGAGUCAAGAACGCGGAAAGUGGCCAGACUGAAGGCACCAUUCCUCAAAAUUGAAGAUGAUAGCAGGAAGUUUCGUCCUUUCCACCAUCAGUUUAAAUCCUUUCCUGAAAUUUCUUUUCUGGGACCCAAAGAUGCAAGCCCUUUUGAAGCCCCGAUGACCCUGGGCAGCUCGCAUCAUACCAGAGAACCCAAGGACCGAGAGCCAAGCCGGCGAUUGGCCAUCCGCACCCCACCCAGGAGAAGGAAGGGCUUCUGUGAGUGCUGUCAAGAGGCCUUUGAAGAGCUCCACGCGCAUCUCCAGAGCGCCCAGCACCGGGGCUUUGCCCUAGAAGCCCACCCGUAUGCAGAAGUCGAUCGGGUCAUUGCCCAGCUCGGCCACAGCUUUGCUGACACCCCCUCGCAGGCCAGCCUCCCCAGGCAGCCAGGCUCCCCGUGUUCAGAUCGUGACCUGCUGUGUCCUGAGACUCCGCCUCCUAGCCAGCCCUGCCAUCCCAGGGCAGCAUCUCCCAGGAUGAAAGAGGAAGACGAGCAUCAGGCCCCAGGCACUCCAGAGCAGGAUGGGACGGUGGGCAGCAUGAAGGCAACCGAUGAACCUGUGGGGGCUGGUGAGAUGCUGGGACCAGUAGCAAGCUGCCAGGAGCUGGGAGGGUCAGUUGAUGUCAUUGCAGACCCCCCAGAGACACCAGUGUCCAGGAGCCCUGCACACCAGAGCCUGUUGACAAGCUCUGGUUCUACAGAACUCUCUGGCUCGGAUGUCGCACUUUUUGGCCACAAGCGGAAGAUUCGGCUCCCCAGUGGCAAUCCUGAAAAGAGGUCAGGGGUCUCCCGGCCACAGGCCUCAUUCUUUGUUCCAAGAGCCACCAGCCCUUGUGGCGCCAGGACAGCCAGUGGCGGGCACCCCUUCUUCCUUCCCCCUCCUGAUUGUGAGCACAGGCCUCUGGCCCCUCUCCUCCCCUGGUGCCACCCACAGACCUGCCUCCCCCUCCCCACAGAUGGGCCAGCAGAGUGCUGGGCCACACAGCCCCCUUGGCCAGGGGAGGACAGCCCCCUGGGAUCUGAGGAUUCUGAGUGUGCCGCCCCUGGCCCGGCUGACCAGCUCCCUAGCUGCCCUGUGGCUCCAGGCCAGCUGUCAGCCCACCUGCACUCAGCAGCUGACGUGCAGCCUUCAGGAAGACCCGCAGAGAGCCCGUCUACCUCUGCCCUGCUCUCAGCCAGCGGGGGAGCCAGCUGCUCCCAAUGGUUCUGGGCCUCCCAGCCUCCCUGUCUCAGCCCUAGCCCAGUGCCAGCAGAGAACUGAUACCAUGAGUCUCCUGGGGCAUGCAGUAGCUCUCUACUUGAGGGCCAGAUACACAGAAGUUAUACUCUGCUGAGUGCUGCACAGCCAGCAGGGGCCAGACCAAGCACAAGAAGGACAGCACCUCAGGGCCUCCCCACCAGAGCCAGAAGAGCCGCUGGCCUGGCCUUUGAAGUCCAAGAGAACAGCAGUUGUCAUGGCCAAGCUCUGUAGGCUUGACAGAGCCAGUCCUCCCACUCACUGGGUCUUAGGUUAGGACCAAGAGAGUCUGGGCUGGGGGCUGCCCUCUACCCCUCCCUCCAGCCAGCUCCCUGACCAGGCAGCAAUCUGAUGGGCUUGCUCAUCCCUGCCAGCUGCCCACACCAGGAGGCAGAGGCAAGGUUGGCAUAGGGAAGGACCACAAAGGAUCUAGAACGGCAGGAGCCCUGGCCUGGCUUCCUGUCCCUCUGAAGGCACUUGCCUCUUGCAGAGCCGAGUUUUGGUGUUCCCCACCCCCACCCCAGCCUCCUUUCCCAGGAGCAUGUGGCUCUCCUGCUUUCUGAAAUGCCUGUUUGUCCCCUCCCCCAGCCCCCUACGCUCAUGCACACAGAUCCUCAGGAACAUACGAAGCAGAGGAGGGGCUGGGCUGCAGCACCUCCAGAGCUCCCUCGCCCCCUUGCAUUUAGUGGGAGCCUGGCGCUGAAAUGACCUUUCUCCUGAGCCCAGGAUAUGGCCAGAGCCCCCUCUGGGGACCCCUCUGCUCUUCCCUGGCUGCCCUCUGCCAUUUCUGCUGUUCCAGGGUCGGGAUUCACCUGCCAACUUCUGCAUCACCCUCUUCUCUCCCUCCUUCCCCAAGGACCUCCCCCCAUUUCUUUCAGCCAAGCCAUUAAUCUGGAGACGAGAUGGGUUUGCUAUUGAUUCUUUGGCCACUUUUUUUUUUUUUUUUUUUUUUUUUUACAUUUUGUGCUGUGGUUCUUCUCACCCUUCUCUGCGUCUGUGUGUUUGUUUCUUUAAAUGUUGAAGCUACAAGAAGCCUGGUGCUAUUCUGUGUCUCAUUUUGGAGGAAGAAAGGGGGGCCUCGCUGUGGGUGAGGACCUGAGUUGUUAGUUUGGAAAUAGAGCAACUGUGUGUACAACCCUCAUAGAGGUCAUGUUUGGCCUUUUUAUGCCAUUCCUGUUAAAUUUCACAAUUAAUCUUGGUUCAGGAACUGUAAAUAAAUUUGUUAAUAACAAAUAGCAAAGGGAUAGGGCUGGAAUGCAGUGUGUCAGGCCUUGAUGUGCCCUCCAGUGACCCAAAGCAGGACUCAAGCCCAGCAGAUGUGGACAGAGUAAGUGGAUGGCCAGAUAGGAGCUCCCUGCAAGUGGGAGAGCGUAUGUCACAGCCCCUGAGGGCCGAGGGGAGGUCAGGCGGCAUCUGUCCAGUCUCUGGUCACUCAUUUGGCUCUGCUGCUAAAGGGGGCCCCAGGAGACCUGAGGCUGGACAGAUGGGUGCUGCCCUCAGUGGCUCCUUGGCAUGGGGACUAUUCAAACCCCUUCCACUCCUCCGCAGAUGACCUUGACUCAGACUCCACAGGCAUUGCUUCUCCUUGCUCCUGAUCCCCUUUCCACAUCCAACUCCUACAAAAGAAGCAGUGUCCUUCCUUCCUGUCACUGUCCCUGCUCUCCAGUCCACCCAGCCAGCCUCAUCAAAUUCCUUUUCUUGGGUUUGCCAUCUCUUCCCUCUGCCCUAAAACUCCAUCCUGGAAAACACUUGCAUUGAUUCAGCAGGCUCCCCCCACUGUUCUCCAGCUCCUUCCUGCGGUCUACAGCCACUGCCUCCAUGUCUGCACCUUCUUGCCCUUCCAAACCCGCGGAGGCUCUGCCUGAAGCGCUCCACUGGGCUUGUCCCUUCCAAGGUCACCGCAUAACCUGAUAAUUCUCAAAGGCAGAUUCACUUUCUCCUUUUCCACCUUGAAACCUGGCUCCCCUGCUCGACCCCACUCUAGCCUGGUCCUCCCCUCCCCCAGCCUCUGCCCUCUUGUACCAGCCUCAUUCAGCACAGACCUCAAAUGUCUGCCCUGAGUCAGCUCCUAGAGCCCUAACCAGCCCUCUAACACCCCUGCUUCCCCAACCUGGGCCUGGGGGACCUUUGUCCUCACCUCUGCACACCUUCACAGAUGUGACCUGGGUGGAGAAAGCUCCACCCAGACUCCUUUUCUGAAUUCUAGUCUCCACCUGUGCAAGGUGGGAAGGCAGGGAAUCUAGCCACACCCUGACUCGGUGUGUCUUUGGGAGGUCCCUUUACUAAUCUGGGCCUCCGUUUCCUCAUCUUUCAGUGAGGGGCUUAGAUGACAUGACCUUCAAAAGUCCUUUCCAAUAAUAAAAUGCCCUGAUGGCCACCGGCUCCCUUAGAUCCCUCUGUCCUUGCCACCACCACAGACCUACUUACCCAAAGACUUGUUCCUCCUUCCGAGACCGGCUCCCCUUCCCCCUUUGUCCUGCGCCUCUCCUGGUCACUCUCCCUGAUGCCCAUCCUCUCCUUACAGCCACCCUAUCUCCCUGGUCUCUGACACCUCCUGUCCCCAGACCAGCCAGGCUGGUCCCUUGUCUGGCCACCGUGGGCACUCCGGCCCUGAGGCUGCUCUCUGACACUGACCUGGAAUCCCCCUCGACAACAGCAAGGAUGCCCUAUGAUUCAAGGUCCAGAUUCCAUACUCUGAGAAUCCUAUAGUGUAAGUCACACAGGCCUGAGUUCACUUCCCAGUCCUUCCCUUAACUCUGACCUGGGGCAAGGCUUCUGAGAUGCUGUUUUCUUAAGCUGAAAAACAGAGAUAAUGGUAGUUUCUGCCUUACUAGGAAGUCACAAGAAUUAAAUCUGGUUAUGAUGUUAUAAACAUUCAACAAACUAACUUUUUAUCCUCCCCUCCCCUCUGCAACAUGUACCUGUGAGGCCUCUCUUUUGGACCUUUCAAAAGAGCUCAUUUUCACUAAUCUCCCACCUCAUGACCUAUGGCCCUAUCUCCUUGUGUACUUGUGGGUGAAGCUGCUAAGGGGUUCUGUGAGACGCCCUGUCCCCAGGCCCGCCCCCACUUUUCCAACAACUGGUUCUCCGCAACCCGAGAAAUCCCAUGUGAGGGGGAGAAAGGGGAGUGGGGUGUAUGCCACACCCCCCAACCCCGGCAUAUUGGGCCCUCGGGAGCAUGACUAUAUUUGUGCCCUACAAACCUCUCAAAGGAUGGAUGCCCCUGGGACCCCAGGCUCCUCCAAUUCCUCCCUGAGCUUGAGAUUGCAGGAAGGGUUCUCAAGGACAACUGAGAGGGAGGAAGGAGCACUAGACUUCCCUCGGGAAAGAUCUCAUCAGGUGAGGAGAGUGGUUCUUUCCCAGUGGGAAGGACAGGGCACUGGGCUGGGAUCUGGGAGGAAGCAGAAGGACUUUCUGGUCCUGAUGGUCUGGGCGUUUUCUCUGCUCCCCACCCCUCAGCAUCCUGUCAAAGGCAGUCUCUCCAUGUGCAGGGUAGAGGGCCCCAAGACCCCAAGCCACAAAGGAGUCCCUUGGGUCUAGGACAAGGGCCAGGAAGCUGUUUUUCUCCAUGGCACCUUCAGGGCCACAUGGAUGGUGUGAGCCCAGAUCGAGGGAGCAUUUCUGUACACCAGGUGCUGCUCUGAGGAUUUGACGCCAGCCACUCAUUUACCCCCUGCAACA